AUGCGCGCCACAUUGUCAUUAUCUCUAGCGGCGUUGGGGCUAGUAGGAUCGGCCACCGCUUAUCCGCAUGCCUAUCAAGACACUGAGGCGGUCUUGAGUACUUCAUCGUCUCAAGCCUCCAGCAGCCAAGAAAAGGCCGAUGCCGUUAAAGAGGCCUUUCAGCACGCAUGGGACGGAUACGUGAAAUAUGCUUUUCCGCACGAUGAGUUGCACCCGGUGAGCAACGGAUACGGUGACUCCAGGAAUGGUUGGGGUGCAUCAGCCGUUGAUGCCCUGUCAACAGCAAUUAUAAUGGGCAAUACUGAUGCUGUCAACACAAUUUUGGAGCAUAUCGCCAAGAUUGACUAUAGCCAGACUUCUGAUCAAGUCAGCUUAUUCGAGACGACUAUUCGGUAUCUAGCCGGCAUGUUGUCAGGCUACGAUUUGUUAACCGGGCCAGCUUCUAGCCUGGUUAAAGAUUCAGAUCUCGUUGACGCAUUGCUGACGCAGUCUAAGAAUCUUGCCGACGUGCUCAAGUUUGCCUUCGACACUCCAUCCGGUGUACCUUACAACGGUAUCAACAUCACCUCCCAAGGCAACGAUGGAUCAAGCACCAAUGGGUUGGCCGUGACAGGAACCCUCGUUCUCGAGUGGACGCGUCUUUCUGAUUUGACAGGGGACCAAGAGUAUGCCAAACUUAGCCAAAAGGCCGAGUCGUACUUGUUGAACCCCAAGCCUGCCAGUAAUGAGCCGUUCCCAGGUCUCGUCGGCAGUCAAAUUAGCAUUGAUAAUGGCGAAUUCACCGAUGCCUCGGUUACCUGGAAUGGCGGGGAUGAUUCGUUCUACGAGUACCUGAUUAAGAUGUACGUGUACGACCCUAAGCGGUUCAAGGCGUACAAGGAUCGAUGGGUCCUUGCAGCCGAGUCGACACAGAAGCACUUGGCGGCACACCCGUCCACCCGACCGGAACUGACAUUCCUGUCUUCCUACAACAACGGCAACUAUGAUCUCAGCUCACAGCAUUUGACAUGUUUUGACGGUGGCAGCUUCAUUCUUGGUGGAACUGUCCUUGAUCGCCAGGAUUUUAUUGACUUCGGUCUGGAGCUUGUUCACGGUUGUGAGGCCACCUAUAAUUCGACAUUGACCGGGAUUGGACCUGAUUCCUGGGGCUGGGAUCCCAGCAAAGUACCAAGCAGCCAGAAAGCGUUCUACCAGAAGGCCGGCUUCUAUAUCAACAGCGGGUACUAUGUUCUGCGACCGGAGGUUAUUGAAAGCUUCUACUAUGCUUACCGGGUGACUGGCGAUAGUACUUACCAGGACUGGAUUUGGAAUGCAUUUGUGGCCAUUAACGCCACCUGCCGUACUGACUCGGGAUUUGCAGCUGUCACCAAUGUGAAUGCUGCUAACGGCGGCACCAAGGACGACAACCAGGAGAGCUUCCUGUUUGCCGAGGUGAUGAAGUACUCAUACCUUGCUCAUGCUGAAGAUGCGGAAUGGCAGGUUCAAGCCGGCGACAAGAAUACCUUUGUAUUCAACACUGAGGCUCAUCCUAUGCGUGUUAAGCACACUUGA